GACUGAAAGGAAAGCUCAUAGAUAGAAUUAACACAAAGCAACCAAAGGACGAAGGGAUCCUUCUUAAACACUAACAUUAGAUUAAAAAAAAUAAUAGGUAAGGAUGUACACGAUGCCAAUAGGAUAUCUAUCGAACUGAGGAACACCUUCAAAUAUAUUAUGACUGACCAAGGUAUUCAAGCCUACUAUAAAAGAAUGGACAGGUGAUGAUUUUAUUAACAACAAGCAACAAUGUCUGCCAACAUGACUCAAGUGUUAUCUCUCCUGGAAAUAUCUCAACUGGAGUCCCAACAAAGAUUGCCAACAGUUGUGUAUUUAUGUGUUCUCAUCAUCCUGGGUGUCCUAGGCAACAGUGUGGUAAUAUUUGUGUACAUAUUUAGGUACAGUCGUUCAGACCUAAGACUGUACAUCCUAUGUUUGGCUGUACUCGACAUGUUGGCUUGCUGUGUAAGUAUGCCUGCAGAAUUGGUUGACAACUACUGGCCAUACAUGUUUUACAGUGACGCAUUCUGCAAGAUACAACGUUUCAUUGGCAAUGUGGCAAAGAUUGGUUCAGCUUUUGUUAUAACAUUGAUGGCUAUUGAGCGUCACCGCCGCGUCUGUGGUCCGGGUUUCAGUGGUGCACCUCCUAAACUCUCUCACCUCUACUGUGGCUGUGCCAUUGGUCUUACCCUUCUGAUUUCAUGGCCUAAGGCAGUCAUAAGUGGCACCAUUAUGGAACAUUUCCCUGGCAAUAUCACCGGCCAUGACUGCUCUGUGGCAGAUGCUGUGAGAAAUACCAAAAUACCAUUCAUUUAUACUAUAAUUCAACUAGUGAUUUUCCUUGUGAGUUUUGUGUUACUGAUCAUUCUGUAUUCCCUCAUUGUAAGGAGUUUAUACAGACAUUCUACACAGCCAGCCCACACUGGCAGUGACAGAGGCUUAAGACUCCUGCGUAGAAGUAGAAAAGUCACCAAAAUCAUGAUGGCGAUCUCUGCUGCAUUUCUGAUAAGUUACCUUCCCCAUUUUGUAAUUACAACCCUAUCGACUAUGAAGCAGACAAAAAACUUGCUAGCCCCGAGUCAACUGGUUCUGGGGGUUCUUCCCCUCCUCUAUCGAUCAUAUUUCAUUAACAAUGUCGUCAACCCCAUCAUAUACAUCGUUGGUGACGGACAGUUCCGCUCAAUCUGUUACGAAAAGUUCUGUUGUCUACUUCCUCAGAGCUUGAGGAAAUCAGGGAAAUGCAACACUUUACGAAAAAAUCAUGAUAACAUGGCAAAAGAUGCCAUGCUGACUGCCAAAGGUGUAAACGAAACUAUCAGAAUUUAAAAUAAAAAAGA